UCAAAUAAAGUCUUGAUGCUGAUAAAUCCAGCUGUUUUUAGGUUUCUGUGGCGAUAAGACCACUCCUUCUGAGAAGUCAUAAAGUUUCAUCUGUUCCUCUGAAACCUCCUGCUGCAGAUUUUACUUCAGUAAAACAUAAAAACUUCAACCUGAGAAAUAAAAACCUUCCAGCAGAGAAAUCUGAAGACUUUGAUUUAAACUUUUCUUUUCUCUUCCUGUAAAGAACCUGAAGUUUCACUUCCUCAGCUCUGAGGAUCAGAACGGAUCAGGACCAAAGACCCAGAAGGAUCCAGGUCCAAGUUCUCUCUGUGAAUCCUCUCAGACUGAGUCCUGAACUCAAAACUGGUUUCGGAUGAAGCGUGCCGGGUAGACCAGAGACCUGGAUCUGAAGGAAUGUGGACCAGGAGGCCUAAAGUCCUGCAGACUCUCAACCUGGUUUGGUUCCAGUUAGGUCACCUGACUGAUGACAAGUCCUGCAGGAGGUCCAGAGUCCUGCAGGAGGUCCAGAGUCCUGCAGGAGGUCCGGAAGUCCUGCAGGAGGUCCGGAAGUCCUGCAGGAGGUCCAGAGUCCUGCAGAGGAGGUCCAGAGUUCUGCAGGAGGUCCAGAGUCCUGCAGGAGAUCCAGAGUCCUGCAGGAGGUCCAGAGUUCUGCAGGAGGUCCGGAAGUCCUGCAGGAGGUCCGGAAGUCCUGCAGGAGAUCCAGAGUCCUGCAGGAGACCCAGAGUCCUGCAGGAGGUCCAGAGUCCUGCAGGAGACCCAGAGUCCUGCAGGAGGUCCAGAGUCCUUCAGGAGGUCCAGAGUCCUUCAGGAGGUCCAGAGUCCUUCAGAGGAGACCAGAGUCCUGCAGGAGCAUCCAACCAACAUCCAACCAGCAUCCAUCCAACUAGCAGCCAACCAGCACCCAUCCAGCAUCCAUCCAUCCAACCAACCAACCAGCAUCCAUCCGACAUCCAACCAGCUUCCAUUCAGCAUCCAUCCAUAAUCCAUCCAACCAGCAUCCAUCCAAUCCAACCAUCAUCCAUCCAACCAACCAGCAUCCAUCCAUCCAACCAACCAACCAGCAUCCAUCCAUCCAUCCAUCAAUGCAACAUACAACCAUCAUCCAUCCAACCAGCAUCCAUCCAACAACCAACCAGCAUCCAUCCAACCAGCAUCCAUUCAACAUCCAACCAGCAUCCAUCCAAAGAACCAACCAACCAACAACAUCCAUCCAUUCAACCAGCAUCCAUUCAUCCAACCACCAUCCAACCAACCACCAUU